AUGAUAAAACAACUCGCAAAAAAACAGGCGCAGACAACUUCUGAGGCAGCUUCUCUUCCGGCAAAAGCGCAGGCGCAGACAACUUUUGAGGCAGCUUCUCUUUCGGCAAAAGCGCAGGCGCAGACAACUUCUGAGGCAGCUGCUCUUCCGGCAGAAGCGAAGGCGCUGAUUGAUGAGGCAGCUGCUGUUCUGAAAGAGGUCAAGGCAAAGCGUGCCGAAGCAGAUAAGGUUCUCCAAGAGACAAGAACUGAGACAGAUGCUGCUCUGCAAGAGGCGCAGGUAAAGGCUGACAAGGCAGAUGCUCUUCUGCGAGAGACAGAAGCUGAGACAUCUGCUGCUCGGCGAGAGGCGCAGGUAAAGGCUGACAAGGCAGAUGUUCUUCUGCAAAAGACAGAAGCUGAGACAUCUGCUGCUCUGCAAGAGGCGCAGGCUAAGGCACGUGAGUUUCUGGAAGAGGCUGAGAAAACCGCUACUAAGGCAGUGGCAGAUACUAAGGCCGAGGCGGCUGCUCUUCUAGAAGAGGUUAGUAAUCAGGCUAAGGAGACAGCUGCUGCUCUGGAAGAGGCUACUGCAAAGGCCGCUGAGGCAGAUGCUCUCCUGCAAGGCGCUGCAAUUGAGUCCCGUGGGACCGAAACUGCUCUGGGCAAGGCUAAUGAAAUGGUCACUGGGGCAGAGGCUCGCCUGGAUGUCGCUGAAGCUCGGUUCAAUAAGAUGGCUGCUGCUCUGGAGGCUGAGACAGAGGCUGCUCUGGAAGCCAAGCGUGCGGGGUCUGGUGGCUGGACGGGAAUAAAGAAAGUUGUACUUAUCUCCCAUUGUAAGUAAUACCUUGCAUAGGUCAUCAUCAUGGUCACCUCUUCUACUUGAAAUUUGUUUUUUUGUAGUAAGUACGAUCAUAAAUGUCUUUUGAGUUCUGCUCGACAUCGUAGGACAAAAAAACUACUCACAAACAAACCAGUUCGGCAGAUCUUUGAGAGGAAGUGGUGGAAAAAAUACGCAACAAGCUAAUAUUAAAAGCCCACCGGGCUCGUUUCUGCAAUCGCGGACUCUACAUGGUACGAGCAACGUCGAUAAGCAAGAGGAGGACUCGCAGGGAUCCUCCCUCGAGUCGGGAGAUCCGAGGACAGCCUUUGCUGGCGCUUCUACUCUUGUGGCCAAAAUUGGUCGCCAUGAUCCGAUGGCGAUGUUGGUGUGCAGCCUCUUGCUGGCUAUCAUUCUUGCCGCUUUCUGGAUGUUUCGGCGCAAGUGGUUUUGCGGGCUACGAAGCGCUUGCACUGCUGCUUUUAUGGAUGAUGAAUAGAGCGUAGGUUCUUUUGCAAUAUAAUUCGGAAACACUAGCGCUUUCAGAUAGGAGAAGUAGGAGUAGAGCAACCUCAAAUCCCCGAUGAAGAAAGUAGAUUCGUUACGAUUUCUCCCCUUGAUUUUGGACAAAAUAUUCUCUACUAGCGUUUCUUUUUUCAUAAUAUCGAAUGACGCGGGCGCGGCUGGCGCUGAGAGAGGUCAGCGUUCCAGAAAACAGCACUCGAGCCACCGCUGCUCUGAGUAUCAUGCAGUAGAUGACAUUGAAGGGGGCGCGCAUGAGGCUGCUACGACCGAUUUCGGUGCGAAUAUCUCGGGUGAUGCGGGGCACUCCAGUCCUGCCAGUGCGAGUACGAUGUUUUCAACCAAUAUCGCGGAUUAUGCCAAGAAUGGAAGGAAAACCAGGAUUAUGCCAGAUGACCCGCCUGGUGUAAAUGAGUACCACUACGACUAUACAAACAGGAACAAAAUGGUGGCCCCGUAUAUCGUCAAGGAGAAAAGCAAUAAGGAGAUGAGUGUAUUGAUAAUUUUUAGGUUGGUAUACUAGUAUCGAUGACGUUCAGUCGCCGCUGAUGUCCUCCUUGAGAACGUCGUCGUAUGCAUUUUGGUCUUCAUCUUCUCGCUAUGGGAAACGUGAUAAACUAUAUUCAUAUUUGUAUGUAGAACAGCAGCAGCUACAACAACAUCAUGCCUAUGCCAUCUCCAUGAAUAAUCAAAUACAAGAAAUACAGAAACAAUUACUGAUGAGGAAUGACUAUCACAAUGACUUUUCGUUUUCCGAAACAUGACUAAGGUAUCGUUUUCCGGCAAGGACGUGGUGAAGAAUAUUGCUCUUGUGUGCGAUCCUCACGAUUCCUAUCCAAUGCACCAGAAUCCGGCUGAGCGAGACUCGGCGUUCGACCGAUGUAUCGUCAACGAGCAAGGCACUUGUUCGGGGAUCAUGAAUGUACUGAAUUACAACCCUAUCGUAAAACUAUGUAUCUAUAAUAAUUACUUAAAGAUAGUACUACUAAGUAGAAGGAUUAUGGUUCUGGUGAUUGUCAGAAAAUGGCAUUAGAUAGAUGAUAUUUAUGAUCUGGAGACUCGUUUUUCAUAUUCAUUAUCGUUUUUUAUCACAUUUAUUUUAGCAGCGAUUUGUUUUUUGAUAUCUCUUCUUGUGACUUUGAGCUUCGAGAUUCUAGUGUGGUUUUUUAUUUUUCCAUGUUGAUGUGGAAAAGAUAGGGUAGAAUAAAGAGAGCAAACGCAUUGCGGCAAGUUGCUGACAAGCUACGACUUUUCCAAAAAACAAACCAAGGUACCUCACGGCAAGGAUAUUAUGGUCGGCGCGGGAAGUACCGCUGUGGGCAACAACGACGAUCGCAACUCUUUGGCCAACCAAACUGGCAAACCGAAGCAGCAAAGAAAGAAUAUGGGAAAGCACUUGUCGACAAUCUCGCUCACUCUUAUGAAGACUACCACUAUUUCUAAUUCACUAUUGCUAAUGGAGACUGCCAGCCCUAUGCAAUUACUAUAACUUCAAUUUUCUUUUGUGUUUCCCCAUUUCGGUCUGCUCCACCACAAUCACAAAAAAUUAUGACUCAUCCUGGCCAACUGUAAUACUAAUAAGUUACUACAAAGAUGAAGGAGAGCAUUAGAAUUGAAAUCGUACCAGGAUGAAUCAUGAAUGCUGUGGUUAAGACCGCUAAUGUCUGCGCACAUGGUGACGAAGUUAACAGCGGCUUUGCAACUGACGCGACGGGCACACAUCAGAAGAUCGACGCAGUAGAUGGUGGGGAUUGUGGAAACGCAUUCUCGUGUUUGUAGAAAAAAACGACAGCAAGUAUGAUGAGUAAGAAUUUGAAUUUGCGUGAAGAAAAAAUUGUAUUAGAAGUAUGAUAAAUACUAGUAAUAUUGUAUUAGUACUAGUGUUGUUGUAUUAGUAUGAUGAUCAUUUUGGCUCAAGAUCGUGUAAAUCAAUGCUUUACACUUCUGCUCUUUGGAUUGAAAUGUUAAUAUUUAGUAUUUGUAUUGUGUGAAGAAAAAGAUUGCACUUGCCCUCGUGCAAUUGCAACAAAGAACUUCUUCAUAGAAUAGCCAGCGAUUUAGAAUUACUAGAAGCACUCGAAGUCCACGACCACGACCAUCGCAGACAAGAACAAUGAUCAAGUGGAAUUACUAACACUCGAAGUCCACCACGAACAUCGCAGAUAGAGUAGCUUAUAGCGCGCGUGGCGCAUGGAGUAACAUGGAGUGCAUGGAGCUCAGAUCCAUAAGGGACGCAAGAAGCUCCCCCUUUGCCUCCAUGCAACUCCAUGCGGUCCAUGCACUCCAUGCCGAGCGAGCUGUGUGACCUUAUAAAUUGCCCUGGAGGUAUAUGCUCACUUGCGGCUUCGACGCAAGUUCUCUGCGUGGUCACUUCUCUCCAUUGAUUUCCCUUGCAGUGCCAGCAUUUCAGCUCUUAUUGUUUUUGUCCUUGCUUGGUUUCCUAACCUGUGUUACGUCUCUCUCCGCCAUAUACGUCACGAUUACGAUUAUAUCUAAUGCCAAUGUCAUAUUUCACUGGACUAAUAUAUUUAUUGAAUUAAUUUCCUCUUAACAUAGUAUCUUCAUUCAUCACUCGAAUUUAUUCAACUGCAUCUCAGCGUAGUGCAAUCAACUUAUUUGACAAUAAAAAUGAAAACAGUGUAUACAUCCCACUUGAAAAAGAUGAAUAUUCGCAAGUAUGAUCAUCCAUUUAUUAUCAUCCAAUUAGUAGAAAUAUGUCAUCUGAAGAAAUUUAUUAGGAUUAUAGAUUGAACUUGAACAAGAGGAUCAGAUCAUCAUGGCCAGUGGUAGUAGUAGUUCUUCUAGUUGUUCCCAUGAGAUGACGCCAGCCACCUUGUGGAAGGAAACACUCUUGACUUCUACCAAUAACAUCCGUGGCUACUUUUGGGUAUACUUCUUGAUAGUCUAUCACAAUCACUCGGCUUCCUUGCUAUUCUAAUUACUUAGAAGGUACAGGGAGGCUGAGUGGCCUCAAUGCCGUUAGUUAGGACGGAAACAGAGGCGCCAUGACAUGCCAUGACAAGUGAGAUGAAGAUGCCUAACAAUCUGUAGACCCCUUCCGCAGGAGUGUCCUCCAAAAAGUCGGCCUUCAUGGCCGCCACGAACAAAACAUCUGCGGAGGGGGUUUGCCGACCAGUUCGCCAAUAGGAAAAGCCAGGUCGAGGCCUCCUCUAGUUCUAAUGUACAAGGAACACAAGACUACCAUUGAUUGCCGAAGGGAGUAGAUGAAGUGCCCACGACAUCAUAGUAGGAACAAAAUGUGCGGCCAUGAUCUGCAUCUUUUCAAGUUCAAAAUUCAACGACUAACGAAUCAAUAUCAAAUAACAUCGCUGACUUUCAAAAAAAUACUCAGGACAGAUUGACUGUCAUGUAAGUGCACGUAUUUACUUAUUGUUAUUCUUAUUUCUUGAUGUAUCUUCUCGUCCAUUGAGGUUGGAAACCCUACAGUGCAUAAGAAUGUAAAUGGUCUGGCAUGUAGAGGCCGCUGAAGAACUCACAUCCAUGUUGGAAAGCUAUAUGUACACUUGAAGAUAGAAGAACUCAUAUCUAUGUUGGAAAGCUAAGAGUGUAGAUUCGAUUGCAAAGCAGCUAAAUGUAGACAGUCUCAGUCAGCUCACCAGUCACCUAGAGCAAAGACUAUCUAGGAACAAAGAACUCACUUGACUUGAGAUUUUCAUUUACUGUUCAAGUUUACUAAAAUUGAUGUGGAUAGUAUGUGGACGUGCUACAACUACAUUUAGCCGAAGCAUUAGGUGGUGCGUGUACAUCUGAAUAAAUCAUUCAGCUCUUAUUUAAGGGGAGG